AUGCACAAAGAGGGAUUCGAGCAACUGGACACGUUUCCUGCUCUUAUGCAGAAGCUCGAAGCAAAACGAUACUUUAUCGAGGACACCAUUGACAGCAUCGUAAUGAGACGAGAAGAACAGAAGGGGAUCCAUGAACGCCGCUUCAAAAAGUUAGAGCAAGGGAUACUCGUCAUACAAAAGAGUGUAUUGCCUAGAGCCCUGGCUUUAGGGCAGGACCAACUCCUCCGAGAUGCGAAGGUCAAAAUUGGGGAGACAUUAUGCGGGCAAAGGGCAGUGAAAUUAGUACCUUAUGGCCAGCGGAGCAUAGCCUUGAGCAUACUCUACCGAUACGCGCAUACGUUGCAGGAUAGACUGUUAGCCGGACGCCCACUCUCAGAUAUUCCCCCUACGUCAACGGCAGACAAGUGCAGGUUUGCACACUAUCUUCUUUUCGCGGAAAAGGGGAAAUGUACCACAUUUGGAGGUCUUCGCCACUAUCUGGAGGUCUUGUUCCAGUGGACGUGGGGUGUUUCCAUUGAAGCAGCGGGCAAGACUGAGGAGCUCUGCAAACACCACCCAGCCAUCCAGAAGGCUCGGGUGGUAGCAGCGGGGAUGCCACAUCCUAAACCACAAGGUCGGCCAUCCUCCCUCCCACGUCCUGCCAAAAUUAGGGAGACAAUGUACAAGGACAAGGGGGUCUUCAAAGAAGUGACACGAUCUCGUCGAGUUGAAGGUUCUGGCUUCCCAAUGUCCACAGUCUCAGAUGACGAGGGAAUUAGCCAGAAGGAACGACACAGACCCUCAAAAGUCCGGUUUACUUCUCCAGCCUCUGGAUUAAUCCACUCCACAGAGUCCACCCCCAACAACGAAAAGCUCCGUCGAAACAGUGCCGAAUCGAGUCUACCUCAAUGCAUUCAGUGCCACCAUCUCCAACAAAUGGGAGCAAGGUGGUGCCGGUGGAAAUGA